UUCAAUCCAUAUUGAUCUGAUUAAUAUUUGAUCAAAAAAUCUCCAAAAAAAAAAAAAAAAUGAAAUUCAUUGCUUCAUUGUUCAUUUUCUCUGCCAUCGUUUUGGCCGCUGUCGCUGAUGAUAAAACUGAUCAAGCCAAUAAAUUCGUUGAUCAAAUUAUUGGCUCAAUAAUCAAAACGAAACAUUUGGAUCCAUUAAAAAUUGAUCAUCAUAAUGUAACUUUGGACCGUAAAAUUGGUCUGAUUCAUUUACAUAUUGAAGCUGAAAUGGAAAAUGUUGAAGUCAAAGGUUUGGGACGCAUUCAUCGUAAUGGCGAUGCUGUAAUGAAAAAUGAAAAUGGUACAUUCGAUGUUAAACUUCGUUUGAAUGAUAAAGAUAUCAUCGCUACAAGUGAUUUACAUUUGAAAAUUGGUGAACAUUUACAUCCAGAUUUACAGGUUGAAAUCGAUAUCGGUGAUAUUGAUAUUAAAUUUGAAUUGGCCAUUGUGGAUGGAAAAUUUCAACUUAGACAAUUUGAAAUUGAUGAAUUGAAACAUUGUAAAGUCUAUGUUCAUGGUUUGAAGGGUUUGGAUAACAUUAUCGAUAUCUUGGCUGAUGCUUAUCUUCUUAUGUUCAAUAAAAAAGCCCGUCAUCAGAUUAGUGAAUUAUUACGGCCAAUCAUUGAAAAUGAAAUUAUUAAAUUUGAAAUUUAUUAAUUUUGUCUCCACAAUAUAACACCUGUUGCUGGAUUCUGGAAUGAUUGUAAUAAAAAUAAUAAAAUUUUUUUUUAAAUUAUA